UGUGACCGUUCCUUCUCCGUCACGGGAUUCCCAGCAAGAUGAGUGUCAUAGGAAGAGCUGAGGAGGAGAGGAGCUGCCGAACAGGCUGUUAGAAAAACAGGAAAGGCAGGGAGACGGCGAAAUAUAAACUCAAAGGCUGCGAAUCCCUCCCGCUGGGCACCAUGGCUAACAUUACUAAGAAGGUGUCGUGGUCCAGCCGGGACGAGGACUCGGCUCCGGGGGAGGGCACCCCGCUCUUGAACGGCACCAGUGGGGCGGAGAGGUACCCCAGAAAGAUGUCUGGCUCCGGUAUGUUUCACAUCGGCAGGCUGAGCACCGUGGACCUGGAGGAACCCAUCACAGAGCAGGAGGAUGCGUUACUCAACUGGCCCAAAGAAAUACCUCACAACGAAAAGCUCCUUUCGCUCAAAUACGAGAGCCUUGAUUAUGACAACAGUGAGAACCAGCUGUUUUUGGAAGAAGAGCGACGCAUGAGCUUCGUGGGCUUCCGGUGUGUGGAGAUCAAGAGGUGGGUGGUGUGUGCCUUGAUCGGCAUCCUGACGGGACUCAUCGCCUGCUUCAUAGACAUCGUGGUGGAGAACCUGGCUGGGGUGAAGUAUAGUGUGGUCAAGCACAGCAUUGAGAAUUUCACUGAAGGAGGGGGUCUCUCGAUAUCCCUGCUUCUGUGGGCAGCACUGAACUCGGCCUUCAUCAUGGUCGGCUCCUGUAUAGUGGCCUAUUUUGAGCCCAUAGCAGCCGGCAGCGGGAUCCCUCAGAUCAAGUGCUACCUCAACGGAGUCAAGGUUCCCCGGGUGGUACGGCUCAAGACCCUGGUUGUUAAAGUAUGUGGAGUGAUUUGCUCCGUCGCUGGCGGACUUGCAGUAGGAAAGGAAGGCCCGAUGAUCCACUCUGGGGCUGUGGUAGCUGCAGGCAUCUCACAGGGCAGAAGCACGUCACUAAAGAAAGAUUUUAAGAUCUUUGAGUAUUUCCGCCGAGACACAGAGAAGAGGGAUUUUGUGUCGGCAGGAGCCGCCGCCGGAGUCUCGGCUGCGUUCGGGGCUCCUGUAGGUGGGGUCCUUUUCAGCUUGGAGGAAGGGGCCUCUUUCUGGAAUCAGAUGCUGACCUGGAGGAUUUUCUUCGCGUCCAUGAUUUCUACUUUUACACUGAACUUUGUGUUGAGCAUCUACCACGGUAAAAUAGGGGAUCUCUCCAGCCCUGGUCUCAUCAACUUUGGCCGUUUUGAAAGUGAGAGCGUGGAGUACUAUUUGUACGAGAUCCCCAUCUUCAUGCUCAUGGGCGCAAUAGGAGGUAUUCUGGGAGCGCUCUUUAAUUCCUGUAACUACUGGCUGACAAUUUUCCGAAUCCGGUACGGCGUGCCAGUGUUUUGUCACUUUGUUUCGUCGAAAUUCUUUACCUCGCAGUUUUAUGCUCUUCCUUCCUACCAGCCUUUACUUUAUUGUUUUUUCUUAGGCUCUUAUAAUCCACUGACCCUGGGUCUGUUCACACUGAGCUACUUCAUCCUGGCCUGCUGGACCUAUGGGCUGACAGUGUCUGCUGGAGUCUUUAUUCCCUCCCUGUUAAUUGGCGCUGCGUGGGGUCGACUCUUCGGCAUCCUGAUGUCCGUCCUAGCUGCAGAUGAGUCGACGUGGGCGGAUCCAGGGAAGUAUGCCUUGAUUGGGGCAGCAGCACAGCUUGGUGGAAUCGUGCGGAUGACGCUCAGUCUCACUGUCAUCAUGGUGGAAGCCACAGGGAAUGUCACCUACGGACUUCCCAUCAUGCUGGUCCUGAUGACUGCAAAGAUAGUGGGCGACUAUUUUAUCGAGGGAUUGUAUGACAUCCACAUCAAGCUGCAGAGCGUGCCUUUCCUACACUGGGAAGCUCCACACACCUCUCACUCCCUCACAGCCAGGGAGGUGAUGAGCUCUCCAGUGACGUGUUUCAGCAGGAUGGAGAAAGUGGGGGUCAUUGUGGAUGUGCUCAGCAACACGUCCACCAACCACAACGGCUUUCCGGUGGUCAGCGAGUUCACGGACGACGGCGAGCCCGGGAAGAUCUGUGGGUUAAUUUUACGUUCACAGCUGAUUGUCCUGCUCAAACACAAGGUGUUUGUGGAGAGAGCUCACUCUCGCCUCAAUCAGCGUAAGCUCCAGCUGAAGGACUUCCGGGACGCCUACCCACGGUUCCCCCCCAUCCAGUCCAUCCACGUGUCCCAGGACGAGCGGGAGUGCAUGAUGGACCUGACGGAGUUCAUGAACCCCACGCCCUACACCGUGCCGCAGGAGACGUCCAUGCCCCGUGUCUUCAAGCUGUUCCGAGCCCUGGGCCUCAGACACUUGGUGGUGGUGGACAGUGACAAUACGGUGGUGGGUCUGGUGACCAGGAAGGACCUGGCUCGCUACCACCUGGGCAAACACGGGCUGGAGGAGAUGCAGCUGUCACAGACGUGAGGGGACGAGGGCGGCCGCGCUGCACGGAGACCGGGCACACCACUCUGCCCAUACCCCUGCUGCCCGGAGAGUGUCAGCAACUCUCUGCCCAGAAUCGGGGCUUCGUGGGCCAGCGGGGAGGGGAGGGAGAAGGCUCUCAGAUCGCAGAACAGUAACGAUGCCAACAUUCACCCGACAGCACCAUCUUUAAAACAGUUUAGCUUUAUUAUUUUAGGAGGGCUCUUUUGUUUUAUAGGUAGCGAUGGCUGUUUAUUGUUGCUGCUGUUGCAUUUCGCACAGAGAUCUAGGUUUGUUGAUUUUGAUUUUAGCGUGCAAACAUGCUGUCUGUUAUGAUGUAAAGAAAUAGUAAGUCAUUUCGGAGUGAUUUUUCAUUAUGUUUUCACUGCCAUGUGCCAACAGUCUCCUUUGUAACAACGGUCAAGCGAUGAAGGAUUCAGACACAAAAGUAGCACAGUUUGCAGGUUUGGAUUGUCAGUGCUGACAUGUAUGAUCCGUGCGCAGCAGGUUUUAGCAAAUAAUUUUAGACAUCAACUUAAAUGUUGUCCCUGCUUUCAUGUAAUUAAGUGACAGUUGUAACACAGACCCACACAACAGGCUUUUUAAGGUUGAAAAAGAUUUUGCCAACAGGUAUAUUUCACAUUUCUGUUCUCCCAUACUGUGCUGAUUUCCAAGAUGUUUUGAUCUGGUUGUUGCAAACUUUUCUAGGUACAGGUUGGAGUGGUGUGCAGAUCUUUUGAAAUUUUGUUAGUGCUAACAAAAAAACAUUUCUACAUAGAAAAUGUGAUAGAUAUACUGUACUUAGCACCUGUUUGCCCACAGAUCUGUAUUACCUCCGUCGAUCUGCAGUGCACUGGAAAGGAUUUGCUAAUUUACAGCAGCACUUUGAGGCUGAAAUAUAAGUAUUGUAAAAAUAUUUUAAUUCUUUAAGAAAAGCAUUAGAUCUAUAACAGUAAUUUACAAGUUCCAAGAUUUGUAGACAGAAGACAACUGUUCUAGAUAGAGACCGGGGU